UUCUCGUCUUUACCCAUUGAUGAUCGACAGGCUAGUGGAAGGUAUCCGUGAAGAUUGCUUCAGAUGGACAGUAGGCCACCCUGUAUUCAGAAACGAUGAAUUAGCAUCCUCACUCAUGACGGAACUGAAAAAUGACUUGCCUCAUAUAGUCCACCGAAAGGACAACACAUCUGGUGAAUGUUUUCUAUACUGGACUUCCCUGUCUAAUAAUGAUUUACUGUUUAGACAGUCACUAUUACUGAUGAGUGAAAAGGAAAUUCUCUCCCCUGAAAAUGUCAAAGACCUGUAUGAGAGUAUUACAGGGUGCAUAAAGGCUGGCAAGGUGGGGAAUCUGCGACGUAUAAUUGAUGUGCUAAAGCAUCAUGGAGAAUAUCAUGCAGACAGAAGGACGGCGGCAGGCAAAACACUGCUCAUAAUUGCUGCAGAGGCUGAACAGUUGGAUGUGUUCAACUUUUUUACUGCAAGAAGGAGCAGAUGUUUUAUUGAAGGACAGGAAAGGAAACAGUUGCCUUCAUCAUGCAUGCAUUUCAGGAAAAAGAGAUAUUGUGAAAGUUGUUGUUGAAAAGGUUCCAGGUAUGAUUGAUAAUUCGAAUUUUCGAGGUCUUACAUCUACAAUGUUGUGUGCUGAGACAGGCCAGGAGGAGAUCCUCAAGUUCCUGGUGUCAUAUGGUGCUGAUCUCUCUGUUAAGACAUUUGGGGGUCAGACGUGUUUGCAUGUGGCAUGUGCGAGUGGUCAUUUAUCAACCGUACAAUAUUUGUUGUCUUGUGAAACUAUCGACAUUAGUGAAAGAACAAUAUUAAACACAACGCCGAUUAUGAUGGCUGCCGAAAAGGGACACUCUGAUGUUUAUCACCUUCUUGUGUUACGUGGAGCUGAUGUGUUCCUGACUGAUGACGAGGGCAAAGACUGUCUGAUGUAUGCAUGUCAGAGAGGUAACAUGUCUAUAGUUAGGCACCUACUAUCUUUGAAACCAAUCAACAUCAACGAGAGAGAUCACAACAACAUGACACCAGUCACGAUAGCAGCGAAAGCCGGACACUCUGAUGUUUAUCACCUUCUUGUGUCAGAUGGAGCUGAUGUGUCACUUACUGAUGAUGUCGGCAGUGACUGUCUGAUGUAUGCAUGUGAGGGAGGUAACAUGUCUAUAGUUAGGCACCUACUAUCUUUGAAACCAAUCAACAUCAACGAGAGAGAUCACGACAACAUGACACCCGCCAUGAUAGCAGUUGAAGCCGGACACUCUGAUGUUUAUCACCUUCUUGUGUCAGUUUGAGCUGAUGUGUCGCUUAGUGAAAACAAGGGCAGAGACUGCCGAAAUGUAUUGUAUUGUACGAGAUGUUAUGGACUGGUAACUUUGUCUUCACAAACAAUAAUCUCCAAAGGAAUCGUCAUUGAACAGUGAAAUUGAAAUUAUGAUUGUAUUCGUGUCUCAUAUUAAAUUAACUAAAAAUCUUAUA